GUUUGGUGUGGAUUUGAUUUAAUGGCUCUGAUACACGCAAGGUAAACAGAAUGUGCAGAAACAUAAACAAACCGUCGCUUUUGGCGACUAUUUCCACCGUUCGGACGUGCGGGCCGGCGCCCGGCACCGGCAAAAAUCGUUUGUGGGUCGCAAAAAUCACGCCAGCGGUGAGAAAUCGCCCCAAAACGUCCCGUUUCCGCAUGACUGAUUUUCACGUUCAAUUUGCAUUCGAUUAGAGGCACCCGACGGCAGGCGGGUUUUCGCCACAGCGUACCGUUCGGCAGGAAUGUGUGCGCCUCGGCAUCAUGGCUGCCGUUGCUACACAAGUGUCUGUGUGUGUGUGUGAGUGUGGUUUUUGGUGAGUGUAUGGGAGCAGGAUGUGCUGUCAGUUUUUUGGUAGCAGCGCAUGCUUUGCGCUUUUAUUUGAAACAAGAACCUUCGUGCCUGUUUUCGUGCUGUAAAAAGUUACAAGGAAAUGGCGGCAAAGGUGCAAACGGCCACGGGUUUUGUUUAAUUCGUGGAAUGGCAAUGCUUUUGGGGGCAAAUGGCACGGGGUCUGAGCCCCGUUUCGCUGGAAAAUCGUUACAUCUCGUACAAGUGGUUGUCCAUCUUUUAUGUGAAAUUCAAAGGACAAACAACCCCAAGGCACACAUUUUUGUUUGGAGCAAAUCCGCUAUAAACUUUCCUCGUUAAAGGAAAGUGUGAAAAACUAAUGUUUGAAAAUAUCACGACCCCCCCUGGUUUUUGGCCCACCUUGAAACCGAAAAAGCGUGCCGCCAAUUUUUAAAUUCGCUGCCCCGUAAAGCGGCAUUCCAUUGCACAUGCGCCGCGUUUCGAAUCUCGAUCCCAUCUGGCACACGCCACACACACACACACACACACAUAUGGUUAAAAAAAAAGGUACAAAAAUUGAACGUUUGAAAAUCAAAAAUGCCACCAGCGCGAUUAGAAACGGUUCCGAAAUGGGAAUGCGUACACUGCGGGAAAUAAUAUUCGUUUUACAGCGCUUUAUUCAUAUAUAUUGUUGUGCAUCAUCAUCAUACACCCACACACACACACACACACUUACACGGAUACACAUUCCCACGUACACUCCACAAGAUUGAGUUGCGAUAAAAAUAGAAGGAAAAGUACGCGCGCGCGUCCACAAUUCGCACAAUUCAAACGCGGCCAUGCUUGUCAACAACAGAUGGCUUCCUGUUACUUUACUAAUGUUUGCUGAAAAAAAAAAACAGUGCUCAACACACAUCAAAGCAAUGUUUGUGUUUGGCUGUGGGUUUUUUGUUUUUACUCUGCGUCUGUCUGAUUUCCGGCGGAAGCACAGACAGACAGCCAGGAAGCACAUCUGCCGUUAGUGUAGGCCCCGGAAAAUCAGGACGAACGUUUAACAAAACCAAAUUUCUAUUUGAAACCCUUCCCCCCCUCCCCCUAGUGGUUUCUCCCCUCUCUCUCUCUACACCUUUCCUGAACUUUGCAGCAUGGGUCCAGCGUUCGUACUUAUCGGGCGCUUUCGCACCGCACGUAAGUAGCAAGCGAGCACGUGGUCGCUGCGGCAAGAUGGCGCCGAUAACGGGAGCACUAAAAGAGCAAAGUAGUUGACGCGGGUAGCGUAGUGUGUUGGCGGAAGCGAACAGAACGCUCGCUGUCUGAUGGCCGGUGGAUGGGAAAGGAAGCGAUAGACAGCGAGUGUGCAAAAUGGGUAAAAAUACGAUCCUGGUGCAUGCGUAUGCCACAUUUGUUGGCAAAUUUCGCCCUAAACGCAUCGUAAAACAAUGAAACACGAGCAAAGCUCGGUAUGUUUGCCGGUAAACACUGUUGCUAACUAUGUUCACUUUUCUUUCCAUCUCUUGCCCCCCUCCCUCUCUUCAUACACAUUCCUUGCCUCCACUUCUACUUCAAACACUGCAGCAUGGAAUACAAAAACGAAGGUAAUCGAACGAAACUGGUUGAUUGUGCUAAUGUUUAGUUUCCUGAGUUUUCCGUUCCUGAGUAAACACCCGGGGCUGGAUCGUUUUGUUCCUUUUCUGAGUUUGUCACCCGCACUCCGUUAUGCGUUCUUUGUCCGGUUUUACUUUUUUUACGUUUUACAGGCUCGUUUUCGGGAGUUCUGGACACUUUUCUCGAAGAUCUCGAGCUAUCGAGAGGCUUCGCUUUGGGAGUCUUCGCUUUUUUUGGGGAAUCUGGGGAGUUCGGGAGCGUGCAAUUGUUACUAAUUCCAGUUCUAUUCCAUUCGUCCACUGCCCAUCCGCCACAGGCCACAGCGGCGUCAAUCAGCUGGGAGGUAUAUUCGUUGGCGGUAGACCUCUGCCUGAUUCCACACGCCAACGCAUCGUGGAGCUGGCCCAUGCCGGUGCCCGACCAUGUGAUAUCUCGCGCAUCCUUCAGGUGUCCAACGGAUGCGUUAGCAAAAUUCUCGGCCGCUACUAUGAAACGGGCAGCAUCCGACCGCGAGCCAUCGGGGGCUCGAAGCCGCGGGUCGCAACGCCGGAAGUGGUCAACAAGAUCUCACAGUUCAAGAACAACUGCCCGAACAUCUUCGCCUGGGAGAUCCGGGACAAGCUGCUGAACGAGCGGAUCUGCACGCCGGAAAACAUCCCGAGCGUUUCCUCAAUCAAUCGGGUACUGCGCAAUCUGGCCGCCCAGAAGGAGUUCAGCAAGAAGCCGCACUCGACGGACGCACUCAGCGACGACGUCGGCGGGUAUCUGCAGGGCAAAUCGCUCAACGAUGCCUCCUUCAUACACUACAAGUACGGCGACAGCUGCCGGUCGAUGCAGGGCGCGGAGUCGGUGCUGCGCAUCAACGACACGUACAGUCGAGCGGGCGGUGGCGGUGGUGGACCUGCUGCUGGUGGUGGUGGUGGUGGUGGUGGAGGCGGUGGAGCUGUACCCGGCGGGCCCGGUUCGGAGUCGACCGAUGUGAAGCCGAUGUCGGACGAUGGGACGAAGAAUCCGUUCGCCAAGCACUGCUUCACCAACCUAGACGCGGGGGUGCCGGGGGCGGGCACGGGGACGGCGGGGCAGGGUGGCCCCGGGACGAAGCAGGUCUUCGUCGACAAUGAUACCGAGCGGCUGAGCCUGAAGCGGAAGCUGCAGCGCAACCGGACGUCCUUCACCGUCGACCAGAUCGAGUUUCUCGAGAAGGAGUUCGAGCGAACGCACUAUCCGGACGUGUUUUCGCGCGAACGAUUGUCUUCCAAAACGAACCUGCCGGAAGCGAGAAUACAGGUAUGGUUCUCGAACCGGCGGGCCAAGUGGCGCCGGGAGGAGAAGCAGCGCUCGCAGGCCGUGUCCGAGGGCAGCUCGUCGGCGGCGGCCGCAGCAGCGGCUGCGGCGGCAGCAGCCGCCGCUGUCGCCGUGCAGAACGCGUCCAUCUCCUCCUGCUCGCUGAAUCUCACCGCACCGCUCGUCUCGCACGUGUACGACUCGAACAUGUGCGUGGAGGACUCGAACAGCAACUACCUGAGCAAAACGUACCCGCUGGAACCGUCGUUCCAGAACCUGGACGCGCUGAAGUCGCCGUCCGCGCCGAACCAUCCGGCCGCCCCGCAGCAGCUCUCGCCGGCCGCCAUGUCCUUCAAGCUGUCCUUCCCGAACGCCAACCCGAACGGAGGCGUCGGCCCGAACGGUGGUGGGGGCGGCGGUGGCGGCGGUGCGGCGCCCGACGGCUCGGCCGCGAACCUGAUGGGACCGUCCCUCGGCACCAAUGCCGGCUUCCCGCACGCAUCUACCUCAGACGACAAGUCGCUGUACAACCAUUUCGCCUACUCGGCCGCCGCCAACAUGCACCACAGCGCCUACUCGGCCGCGGCGGCGGCCGCCGUCGACCAGUCCUACAACGGGAUGUACCUGAAGAACCAGCUGUACAACCUGCCGGCCAACGCCGGCGUCCUCAGCUUCCAGUCCACGCUCGAGUGGAACAAGAGUUAAUGGCACGGGGCCGCCCUCGAGUCGGCUCCCUCGACCGGGUGCGAUCGGUACCAGUAGCGGCCCGGCCCGGCACGCGACCCCGCUAAACUGAGGCCUGAUCUCACAGCCAGCCGAUGGGGGACCGGAGGGCGCAGAAGCGAUGACGAGUGGCAGUAGAGCAAAAUACAAACACACGACACACACACACAAACAGUACAUUUAGACUUGUAAUACAAUUUAACUCGAUGGUGCAUAGUGGGAAUGGUGGGAAGGGAAGGGGUGAGGGUGUGGUGGUAGGGUGGAGGGAAGAGGAAAAAGAAAACAUGACGAGCGUGGUACUUAGUGCGGGAGAUAUGUUACUUAAAGGAAUGAAAAUAUCAUUUAAAAAAGAUGCAUUCUUUCAUAUAAGAUGGCGCAGCUAACGUGAUCGACUUUGGCGACAGCCUACACAGAAGUAAACUAAAAAAGGAGAAAAGGAGAAGAAACAGAUGGUUGUUCUGAUUGUUUGAACUAUGAAGGUAUUUUUUAUAAAAGUAAACACAAAACCUGUGAAACACACACACAUACACAUUUGCACAAUUGGUGGGGAACAGGAGCAGUUGGUGCGAAGACAAAAACAAAACAAAACACUAGAAACGCCAAUAAAGUAUUAAAACCGCUGUUGCGAACAUGGGAAUCAUAUAAGAAAGUAAUAAGCGAGAAGAGAAAAAAAAACAUAGAAGAAAAACGUAAAAUAACAACAAAAAAAACGAAAACACACGCACAACCAGCAAGAGUAAUUCCAUACUUUGAACAAAAACCACACACACAUACAAAAAUGGAAACAAACAAACGGAAUGUACAAUAAAUAGUGAAAUCUUAUUAUUAUUCCUGGCGCAAGGCGCCCAUUGUACGUGUA